AUGUACUGUCGUCUUGCCAAACUGCAGACCGGGUCGUUCAGCACCGUGUACCGGGCGUACGACUCGGAGAACAAGCGGGACGUUGCGUUAAAGGUGGUGGAAAAACCAAGGGACCUGCGAACGCGGACCAAGCUCAGCCAACUGAUUGCCAACGAGUAUAGGGUGCUCUGUAAGCUGGGGUCGCGGCAUCCGAAUGUGUGUGCGCUGGUGGACUUUUACCAGGCGCACGAGAGCUUCGUAUUCGUGAUGGAGUUUGCGUCACAGGGAGACCUCUACGACGUGAUCAAGAACUGGAGGACGGCCAGCCGGGCGACUAGCGGCCGCGUGCCAGCACCAUCGCUCAUGCCGGUGGAUUUCGCGCGGCUCGUGCGGCAGCUGUGCUCUGCCAUCAACUACGCACACCAGCUGGGCGUGGCACACCGCGACAUUAAGCCGGAAAACGUGCUGCUGGACCACGCGGGCAACGUCAAACUCGCGGAUUGGGGGCUCAGCUGUGAGUCCAUGUACUCGGACGACCUGCGUAUCGGCACAGAGAAGUAUCUGGCGCCCGAGACGUUCGAAGAAUGCUACAACACGUUUUACGCAGACUACUGGUCGCUGGGCGUCACGUUUUUGUACGUGAUGUUUGGUGCGUGUCCCUUCCGGAAUGCGUCUCUCCAAGACCACACUACCAACUCCAACUUUGCGCGUUUCGUCGCGGACCGGCACAGUUUCAUCUCCGAAUACUACUUUCAAACCUCACUCGGCGACACGCAGCAGAAAUGGCGUGGUGGUUUCCACAAGAGCAACAUCGCUCGUUUCGAGCCUGCGUACUGGCUCAGUUUCCCGGGCACUCCCAAAAACCUCGACAGAAAUCAAUUGCUGUUGCUAUGUGCAACAUGUGUGGUUACCUGUCUUCUACCCAUGAAUCCUUUAUCCCGAAGCAUGCUCGAAUUUUCAGCUAAAAUUGAGUCCUUCUUCUCCGACGAGUCGUCGAAUUUGGAGACAGAUGAUCUGAAUAGCGAUUUUUUUUAUUCUGGUUUGGUGAUGAACCCUGACGUCGUUGCAUGCAUUUAUGGCGACAAAAGUUCCGCCUUGCCAAGUACCAAUUCAUCGUUUGCAAGCUCUAUGGACUACCUAGCUGACGAGCUAGAGUGUUAG